AUCAGUUUGUCUUAAACCAGUGCUCUACUAGGGUUAUUAACAAAAUGAAUGCCUCCAUUUCUCUACUAUGCCUUGCCCUGCUCCUGAUUAGUCCUUUUUGCUUGGGCUAUUCUGACGAGGAAAGGGAAUCUGACAGCCUUAGGGUUGCAGAAAUUAUUCGAACCUCCAACGACGCCGAAUCGAAGAUCAAUCGAACCCAAGAGCUGCUCGAUAUCUUUAGGCGCCUGACUCCCACGUUGUCCCCUGAACAAAGGGAAAAGAUUGAAAGAUCCAUUCAGGAGCAUACUGAUGAAAUUCUAAUCGAUGGAGUUCCGAGUCAGGGGGGGCGAAAGACCAAGUACGUCGGAAAAAUCCUAUCUCCAGUGGCACAAGGCCUUGCAGUUGGAUUCUUUGAAGAACUCGGUGGCAGCCUUUCCAGGCUCUUUACUGGAUAAUCACCAUUCAGGACUAAGGGAUUUUGAGAAACAUUAGAUAAACAUGUUGUAAGCUCAAGUCCAAAUAAAAUAUUCCAGUUUGAGAAGAUGAUUCUU